AUGUCUUUGUCCAGAUCGUGGAAGUUGUCCGCAAUAAAGUCUGAUGUCCUAUUCCCAUCACCAGGUUACCAAGACAACAAACCCUACAUCGGCACUGUCAUUGGACGAGUGGCUAAUCGUAUAGCAGGAGCUAAAUUCUCAUUGGAUGGUAACACUUAUAACCUGGCAGCCAAUCACGGGUCCAACUUCAUACACGGCGGCGAAAAGGGCUUCAGCCAAGUCGUCUGGAAUGCCAAUGUUGUGGACGGCAAGAAGCUUCAACUGAGAUACGUCAGCGACGAUGGCGAGGAGGGUUUCCCGGGUGAGGUGACGACAACUGUGACGUACGAGCUGACAGAUGACAAUCAACUGUUCAUUCAGUACGAGGCUAACACCACGAAAGCCACGCCCAUCAACCUGACAAACCACGCCUACUUCAACAUGGCCGGACAUUCUGCAGGCCACAUUGACGACCACGUGGUCAGUAUCAACUCUGAUGCAUACGCCGUCCUUGACGACGCCUUCAUACCUACAGGUGAACUAAGAGAUGUUACUGGAACUCCUCUCGACCUGCGCAGCCCGAUACGGCUGGGAGAUCACAUGACGUCAGUUCCGGGCGGGAAAGGUUAUACUGUCAGCUAUAACCUGAAGGAGUCGGGGAACCUGAAACAUGUAGCAAGAGUGGAGCACCCGCCAUCAGGACGUGUACUUGAAAUGUCAACAACAGAACCCUCCGUGAUGUUCUACACAAGCUACUAUCUCGAUGUAAAGGGCAAAGGUGGUGUCACCUACGCGAAAUUUGGAGCAUUUUGUCUUGAAGCCCAGCAUCACCCAGACAGUGUGAAUCAGCCCAGUUUCCCAAGCACCAUCCUCCGACCCGGCGAGACCUACAGACAGACAACCGUCUACAGAUUCAGUGUAGACGCACAGUAGACGGACAUGCACCGUCUACAGAUGUAGAGUAGACACCGUUAGUCAGCAGAGACAUGGCAUGCACAUUUCUUGCAUUACCUUGACCUUGAAUCCUACCUUAAUCAAGGGGUUGACGUUUACUGUGCAUAUCUAUGAAUAAAUAUAUACCAUU